AUGCACUGUGAAGCGUUUAAUUUGUGAGACUAGAAGUAUGGAAGAAGAGUGAGACGAAGAAGAUGAUAAGAUGAGAUAAGAUCAUGCCAGUGUGUCUUUCCUGAUGCUGCUGUCCCUGUGGGUGAAAGACAACAACAGAACACAGGCAGGAUGACGAAUCAUCAGUUGGAGAAACAGAUGGGCGGAGCCAGCUUGGUGGAAGAGGAAGGGAGGGCGGAGCCUAAAGCUGGCUAUUUGCAACAACACUGUGGCUGGUUCACACGCAACCUCUUGCUUGCCCUCACCAUUCUGGGUGUGAUUGGAGGCUCAGUCCUGGGCCUGCUCCUGCGUUAUGUUUCCAGUCUGGACUCAGACACGCUGAUGCUGGUCUCCUUCCCUGGAGACAUCCUUAUGAGGAUGCUGAAGAUGCUCAUCCUCCCCCUCAUCAUCUCUAGUCUCAUCUCAGGUCUGGCAGGUCUGGACGCUCGCUCCAGUGGGAGGAUGGGUACCAGAGCCAUGGUGUACUACAUGUCCACCACCAUCAUCGCGGCCGUCCUGGGUGUCAUCCUGGUGCUCGGGAUUCACCCAGGAAACCCCAAACUCAGGACGAUUCAGUCCAGCACCGGACUGAGCAACCAGGAGGUCAGCAGCAUGGACGCGUUUCUGGACCUGAUCCGAAACCUGUUCCCUGAGAACCUGGUCCAGGCCUGCUUUCAACAGGUUCAGACGGUGGUGAAGAAAGUGUCCGUGCCCAUCAGCAACCGGAGCGAGCCGGUUAUGGUCAACACCAAGAAGCUGGAGUUCAAGUGGGGGAUGAACGUUCUGGGUUUGAUCGGAUUCUUCAUCACGUUCGGGAUCUGCAUGGGCAAAAUGGGCGAGAGGGGCAAGCUCAUGUCCGAGUUCUUCAACAUCCUCAACGAGAUCAUUAUGAAAAUGGUGUCCAUGAUCAUGUGGUACUCUCCGGUCGGCAUAGCCUCCCUGAUCUGUGGAAAGAUCGCCGCCAUCGGUGACCUGGAGGCCGUGGCGCAGCAGCUGGGCAUGUACAUGGUGACGGUGAUUGUUGGCCUGAUCAUCCACGGCGGAAUCAUCCUGCCCAUCAUAUUCUUCUCCGUGACACGGAAAAAUCCCUUCACCUUUUAUUCCGGGAUCUUCCAGGCCUGGAUCACGGCACUCGGAACAGCCAGCAGCGCCGGCACGUUGCCCGUUACCUUCCGCUGUCUGGAGGAGAACCUGAACAUCGACAAGCGCGUCACCCGGUUUGUGUUGCCCAUCGGCGCCACAAUAAACAUGGACGGCACGGCGCUUUACGAGGCCGUGGCUGCUAUUUUCAUUGCCCAGAUGAACGGCAUCGAGCUGGACGGAGGACAGAUCGCCACCGUGAGCAUGACGGCCACUCUGGCGAGCGUCGGUGCAGCCAGUAUUCCCAGUGCUGGUCUGGUCACCAUGCUCCUCAUCCUCACCGCAGUGGGUCUCCCGACACAGGACAUCAGCCUGCUGGUGGCCGUCGACUGGCUGCUUGACCGGAUGCGAACCUCCAUCAACGUCGUGGGCGAUUCCUUCGGAGCAGGCAUCGUCGAUUUCCUGUCUCGGGCGGAGCUUACCGAGAUCGAUGCCAACAUCCCCCUAUCAGACGAGGAGUUUGUACCCCCUCCCCCCCUCCUGACUGAUGUAGACCUGACUGAUCCUCCAGAACUCCCCCCUCGCUUCCCUCGGGCCCAGAAACUCAACCACCACCACCUCCAGCAGCAGCAGCAGCUCCACUAUCCUCCUCCUCCGGCGUCUCUGAGCCACUCUCGCUCUCAAUCCACUCGCUCUGCUCGCUCUCACUCCCCUCGCUCCGUCCAAUCGCCCUCACCUCUCUCUGUGUGUUCACACUCUCCACAUCCUCCGCACCGCCCGCACUCGCCCCGCCUCCUGAACCGCCUCUCAGACCACGCCUACUGCCCUCUGCCCUCGCAUGACCACCAGGCGGCGACGCUGCCGCGGGACUUCAGGGAGAGACGGCGGGAGCGAGAGAGGGGCAGCGAGAGACUGCAUAGACGAGAGAGAGGCCGAGAGAGCGAGACGGAGGAAGAUGAAGAGAGAGAGAGGAUGAUGGACGAGGGCAGCGAGGGAGAAGAAAGCGACGACACCGCUUACGACAGAAGUCACGCCAUCCCGCCGUGUGAGAUCCCCUGAGGGCAUCGCUCCAUCACCUCCGCCAUCCGCCACCCACUUUACCACACUUUUACUACAGUUCCUCACGCUUUACAGCACCUGGACACUUCAUCGAUCAAACUGUAUACAAAAGAAUAUACUGUAUAUCUGUGAAUAGUUCACAAGAGCAUUAACACAAGAAAUGUUGUGUCCUUUAGUUCCGAAAAACAAUUUUAAAGUUUGUAUGUAUGAGAAGAGACACACAAAGAGUAACAAAAGUAAUGGCACCCCAUAACAGGAUUUAGAACACAGUAAACUUAAUAGGCAGUCUUUCAUGUUUUAAUUUACAUUUUGUCCCUUUUUUUCAUUUUCCUGGAAAUUUUUAUGGAGAUUUGUGGGUGUGGCUAAAGUACCAUGAGCAUGGCUGAUUUAUUUACAUUUACAAAGUUACCAAGCUGCAUGGUAAAGUACAGACAGUAAAAAUCUGAGCUAUGUUUAAUAGUGAAAGUUAGAGAAUAAAAUAUUAAAAUGACUUUAUUUAAUUAAUAUAUAUGUAUAGGCCUAUAUAUAAUUUUUGAGUUUGAUAUUUUAUUAAUUCGACUAUACAGUACUAACAAAUAAUUAGACCUAUAGAAAAGGUACGAAGAGUCCAAUCCAUGUAAUCCAAAGCUGUUUAUUUAGAUUUUUUUUUUUAUAUUAUCUUUUAAUUUUGCUUCCAUUAAUCAUGACUUAGAUUGCUUUAUUUCUGUCUCAAUUUAUUUAUUUAUUUAUUUAUUUAUUUAU